UCCGGCGCAAAAGGCCUGAGGCGACGACGCAGGUGCACACGGCGAUCCUCCCGCCGACAUCCGGGCCCCACUUCUAGGCUACAGCCACUGACGGCUCCGGACCCGCGUGUCAUACGCAGCCAACUCCCGCGUUGGUUUCUCGUUAAGCUAAAGAAGCCCGCACCGCACCGCACCGCGCGAGAGAUGGUGGUGGAGUGGACGCAAUCCCACGCGAAUCCCAUCGAGUCGAGCCCAGCAGCACGCCGAGGAAUAAGCCGUCGAGGAGUAAGGAGGGGAGGCCGCGAGGUGGGCCUCAGGAUGCAGGCGCAGAGGUCACCGUCGAUGGCGGGGGGUGGCGGCGCCGCGGCGGUGGCAGCGGCUGCGGCGGCGGGGGCGGCGGUUGGGAUGCCGUCCCAGGGAACGGUGCCAGUGCGGCGGCGGUGCGAGGGCACGGCCAUGGGAGCCAUCACGCUUGACCUCCGCCCCGGCCUCGGCGUCGGCCCCUUCACCCUCGGGAUGCCGAUCUCCGAUGCGUUUGCGCAGAUAGAGCGCCAGCCAAAUAUCUACGACGUUGUCCACGUGAAGUACUUCGACGAGGAGCCUCUCAAGCUGGACUUUGUCAUUAGCUUUCCAGACCAUGGAUUUCACCUACGCUUUGAUCCUUGGUCGCAGAGACUCCGUCUUGUAGAAAUUUAUGAUGUUAAGAGAUUGCAAUUGCGAUAUGCGACAGCUUUAAUUGGUGGCCCGUCAACAUUAGCCACUUUUGCGGCUGUGUAUGCACUCUUUGGACCUACUUUCCCUGGUAUAUAUGACAAAGAGAGGGGAAUUUAUACGUUGUUCUACCCAGGUUUAUCCUUUGCAUUCCCUAUUCCCAGCCAAUAUACAAAUCUAUUCACCAAUGGGGAAGUGGCAGAUUUGCCCCUGGAAUUCCCAGACGGAACGACCCCUGUUACUUGCCGGGUUUGUAUAUACGACAGCUCGACAGAUAGCAAGGUCGGGGUUGGAUCUUUGAUGGACAAAGCAGUGGUACCUGCACUGCCUGCAGGCAGUCUGUAUAUGGAGGAGGUGCACGCCAAGCUUGGAGAAGAACUUUGGUUCACAAUAGGGGGCCAGCAUAUUCCUUUUGGUGCAUCACCACAGGAUGUCUGGACUGAAUUGGGUCGUCCUUGUGGUAUCCAUCAGAAGCAGGUGGAUCAAAUGGUCAUACACUCUGCAUCAGAACCCCGGCCUCGUACAACACUUUGUGGUGAUUACUUCUACAACUACUUCUCGCGUGGAAUUGAUAUCUUAUUUGAUGGACAGACACAUAAGAUAAAGAAGUUUGUUUUGCACACAAACUUCCCUGGUCAUUCAGAUUUCAACUCAUAUAAGAAAUGCAACUUUGUUAUAUAUGACGCUGAAGCUGAAGGUACAGUUCAGCCUGGUAAUGUCUCAAAAAAUUGCAUAAUGCCUAGUACAAAAUGGGAACAAGUGAAGGAGAUCCUCGGUGAUUGUGGCCGAGCUGCAAUCCAGACACAAGGCUCCAUGAACAAUCCAUUUGGAUCGACUUUUGUAUAUGGAUAUCAGAAUAUUGCUUUCGAGGUGAUGAAAAAUGGAUAUAUUGCAACUGUUACUCUCUUCCAGUCAUGAGUCUUCCAUUUUGACAGUGUGCUACAUGUGUUGCUGCUCUGAAUUUUUGCUGCAUAGACAACAAAGCUGGGUAACCUACAGAAAGAAGGUGUACUUGUGCUUCAGCGCAGCAGCAAUUUCAAGCCGAAGCCAACUCUAUGGAGCCUUCUGACGAUGCUUGGUUUAUGGAAUGCGAUGCAGCCUCCCAGUCGAUAUGGAUUAACACCGUGGCAUGUAAUUGUGCUGUAGAUAUGCCGCUCAUUGUACCAGAACUAACUGUACUCUGUGACCUCACCUUGUGUACAUAAAUGGUCUUUAUUUGUUGAAAGAAAAUGUAUAUACAUACUGCCAUGUGGUCGCCUAAUGGAACGUUGUUUCUUAGUUA